UCACCAUUCUGCACGAACUGGCGAACACGACCGUGACACAUUUCGGGACCGUCGGGUUGUACUGGCUGCUGACAGGCUCAUUGUUCGACAGCGUUAUGCAAAGGUGGACACCUGUCGACGGGCAAACGUAAAAGUUUAUCUGAGUUUGCCUGAACGAAAUCAACCUGUGCAAAGUGUGCUGUGGAGUGUUUCCUAGUGGUGUGAUAAGAUUGAAAGUCGCUAGACAAAAAAUAACAAAACGAAAAAGUGCAAUUUUCAAACAUGUUUUCGCGGAAGGAGUUGCUCUACCUAAGGGCGUUAAUUUUCGCCACGUUGCUGCACUUCAGCAACGCACUGCAGCUGGAAGGACUUUCGACCAAGAAACCACGCAUUACAAAGUACACGAUGAAGCCCACCUCCAGUUCGGCCACUGCUGUACCGUCGUCUCUGUCGCUGUACCGUCUGAAUGGAGCGAGUGGCGCAACGUGCAUACUGAUUCAAACCGAUGCCCUGCUGAGCAUUCAGUACCGUGAUAAGUACAAUGAGGAUAAGGAGGCCGAUACAUUCCUUCCGGAUCAGAUGGACAUAUCUGGCGAAUGCUGGGAGGAUGAAUCACGCAUCACGAUGGCCUGGAAGGGUUUCACCGUUAACAUCUACUUCUCGAAAACGCCGGGCGGUGAGCGUUGGUACGUGAACAGUGUCGAUCUCGCCUACUCGUCAUCGAACAAACUGUUCGAACAUAUCGAUCGACCGGGUCUGGAUGUGAAGCUAUCGACCCCACCGGGUACGUUGCUCUUCCCAACGCCGGUCGGCAAAUCGUACACCUGUGACAACGAAGUCACGAUCACAAUGUUCGCCCAGGACGAAAACGACAAGUCGGGCCAUCUGGCUAAGCUGUAUCUGCGCGAGCUGCGGAUGCAAAGUUUCAUGUACAAGGCGGGCAAUGCCUGGGGUCCAACGUUCCAGUGCAGUGCUACCGGCACGUACCGUGAUGAAACGGCACCGAUAGCGGUCGGUUCUACGCUGGCCGUUGCUACCGUUUGCACCGUCGUCGGAUACGGUCUGUGGAGAUACUUCAAAGUUAAGAAAUUCCAAUAUGGAACAAUGGCUUAAGCUAUACGGGCGUCAAUAGAGAGAAUCGAGUCGGUCGAGAGACUGUUCUAUCGUGGCCAAAACUGUAGAACGGAUACAAAACAAGUAACAAAAGCUACACUCUUUUGACGAAAAUACGUGAAAAACGGACAAUGAAUAGGAAUUCUUAUUUUCCACAUCUUCAACACUACUGCAGAUGUUAAUGAAGGAGAUAUGCAAGGACUUUUAAAUAUAACUUUGGUUACAAUCUGAAGAAGAAGAAAAAACAUCUGAAGUAAACUGCUACUCUACAAAGAGAAAAAAGUUGAAAAUCCACAAGCAGCUAUACAAAACCAAACCAUUUCAGUAAGUUCUUAACAAGCUCUACAGUGCAAGCGAUCUAUUUACUGUGUUUUAGGGCAUAAACAAGCGCGAAAUGUUAUAACUACAUUAACAAAAUAUAUAUAUACACAACAUUACGUAUGUGAGCAUACAAACCGUAAAAGAUAAUUAACGAAAGCAAGCAAGGUAUCGGUGCGGGAGAAUUGAAACAAAAACAGCAAGGAAAAGAUUGAACGUAUUAGAACGUGGAUAUAGAAUUAUAUAUAUACACCUGCAGAUGAAAAGCAAACGCAUAAGAAAGGAGAACGGCUAGAGCGCGGAACAAGCGUUAAAAAAAUGUCUUCCAUUUUCAUUUUAAUGAUAUAAUCGUGUGAUUAAGUAAAUUAAUGAAAACGUUCAUGAACAUGAUAUUAACGAGUCAAACAAAAUCAACCGAAUGAAGAAACAAACACUACUCUUACAAACCAACUAUAAAAGCUGUUAGGGUGUUAAUGAAAGGAAUAGCUAUUAGGACACUAGAGCAAGAUCGGACAAACGUUUAACGGAGAUGUCGAAUCGAAUGCCGAGAGAAAUGGUUUAUGCUUAAUAAGUAUUCCUUUUUAACGUGAAGAUGUCCAUUCCUUUUUGUUCCACACCCCGAAACGAUCGCGCACAUACCACACACUGUAUAUUCGACAGUUUACACCGUUUAUAAGGCAAACAGCAUGCAGCGAGCGUGCAACAGUAUUGGGGGACGGAUUGCAUUAUUAAUUACCGCACGAAAAAUUUCCACUGUACAUAAGCACGCUACGGGCAAAUGCACCCAAUCGUAAGGUACACGGUGUCGUCGUGUUUUUUGCAACAAACAUUCUUCUCUCCUUUCUUCAGAAUCGAAUCUCUUAAACUCCGGUAUUAUAGUCCACUAAUAAGAGCACGCUCUUCUCGUACGUAAAACAAACACUGUUGCCUGAUGGCGUAAUUGUACGGUGGUGCACCAACAAAGCGUACCGAUCAAACAAUGAAAAAACAGCAAAACUAAUCUUUUUAAUCACCAAAAGAGCCCCUGCAACAAUUCAAAAACAUAUCUCG